CGUGCUGUGCCAUUUGCUAUCUUCUUCUUCUUCCUCUUCUUCUUCACUUCGUAGAGAGAAUUUUCCUGCAAAUUCAGUCUCCGCGACAUCGUUUCAUCUACUCUUCUUCCUCCGCAGAAGAAGAACAGUACCUCAAUCCUCUCCUCUCACCUCCUCGCUGACGAUGGGAGAGACGAGGGACAACGAUGCGUACGAGGAAGAGCUCCUCGAUUACGAAGAAGAGGAAGACAAAGCCAUGGACUCGGCCUCCGCUAAGGUCAACGGCGAAGCCACCAAGAAGGGUUACGUUGGGAUUCACAGCUCAGGUUUCAGAGACUUCCUUUUGAAGCCAGAGUUACUUCGUGCUAUUGUGGACUCCGGCUUCGAGCACCCAUCUGAAGUCCAACACGAAUGCAUUCCUCAAGCUAUAUUGGGUAUGGAUGUCAUAUGCCAAGCAAAAUCUGGGAUGGGGAAAACCGCUGUUUUUGUGCUGUCAAGUUUGCAACAAAUUGAAACGGUUGCUGGGCAAGUUGCUGCACUUGUUCUCUGUCACACGAGGGAGUUAGCCUAUCAGAUCUGUCAUGAGUUUGAGAGGUUCAGUAAGUAUUUGCCAGAUAUCAAGAUUGCAGUCUUUUACGGUGGCGUCAAUGUCAGAAUCCACAAGGAGCUGCUGAAGAAUGAAUGCCCCCAUAUUGUUGUUGGCACACCUGGUAGAAUUUUGGCUCUGGCAAGGGACAAGGACCUUUCUUUGAAGAAUGUGAGGCAUUUCAUCCUUGAUGAGUGUGACAAGAUGCUCGAAUCUCUAGACAUGAGGAGAGAUGUGCAGGAGAUAUUCAAGAUGACGCCUCAUGAUAAACAAGUCAUGAUGUUUUCAGCAACACUCAGCAAGGAAAUCCGCCCGGUUUGCCAUAAGUUUAUGCAAGAUCCUAUGGAAAUAUAUGUUGAUGAGGCCAAGUUGACCCUUCACGGUCUUGUACAGCACUACAUCAAAUUAAGUGAAGGGGAGAAAAACCGCAAGCUAAAUGACCUUCUUGAUGCAUUGGACUUCAAUCAAGUUGUAAUCUUCGUCAAAAGUGUCAACCGAGCAGCUGAGUUAAACAAGUUACUCGUGGAUUGCAACUUUCCUUCAAUAUGCAUCCAUUCUGGCAUGUCACAGGAGGAAAGGUUGACACGGUACAAAGGUUUCAAAGAAGGACAUAAAAGGAUUCUUGUUGCGACAGAUUUGGUCGGUCGGGGGAUUGACAUUGAACGUGUUAAUAUCGUGAUUAACUAUGACAUGCCAGAUUCUGCCGACACUUAUCUGCACAGGGUUGGUCGAGCUGGAAGGUUUGGCACUAAAGGCCUGGCAAUCACAUUUGUUUCUUCUGCUUCAGAUUCUGACACACUCAACCAGGUUCAAGCAAGGUUCGAGGUGGAUAUAAAGGAGCUUCCUGAACAGAUAGAUACCUCCACGUACAUGCCGUCCUAGAGGGCUGUUCGGAUAGACGACUUCUGAAACAUUUGGACAUGGACGGCUGCAAGCUGGAGGCGAUGUCCUCGUUAGUCUCUCUGCGGUUCUUGCUCAGCAUCUUCUAUUAGUUCCGCUGUAGAUCUUGAGGACUUGAUUUAAUGCGUACAAGAACAGCUGUCUGUAGAGCUAUGGAUUGACGUUUUUUAGUUUAAUUUCGGUAGUACUUGCUGAUUUGGGUUGGUGUAUGAUAUUUAAUCAUAUAUGACAAUUUGAAGUA